UGUCAGUGUCAUCUGAAAUUAACUGAAAUUGAAAUGAAAAAAGUGCUGAAAGUGAAAAAGUGAAAUCCCACAAGCACAACCACAUUGAGAAAAUUCUCCGACUCUUGCAUUAAAUGUUUUUCUUAUAAUUUUCUCAAAUUUAUCAAAAUUCAAAUACCGAAGUCCAUAGUCCUAAGAGUUUUACACAAUAUCAAUGAUGCAUAAUAUCACGAGAUGAAGAUCUGUAAUCAGUUAUCUGGAAGUUAAGUGGAACUGGCAUUCCAAGUGAAAAGUUCAACAUUAUUUUCUAUUUCUCGAUGUAAAUACAAUGGAACUUGGGAAUUCAGUUAUAACUGACGAGUCAAAGGACGCUUUCAGUUACAUAAAUGAACGUCCAGUUGAUGAUAUAUCAUUGGAAUUUUUUUAUAAACCACAUACCAUAACCUUACUUGCAGUAUCAAUCGCUUCAGUAAUAUAUUCGGCGUUUGUCAGGGAUGAAACUAGUACUCAAGAUAACUUAUGGGCCGGUAUAUGCUGUGUGAUUUUCUUUUUUCUUAUAAUAUCAGUACUUACAUUUCCUAAUGGACCCUUCACUAGACCCCACCCUGCUAUAUGGAGGAUUGUUUUUGGCAUGUCAGUGCUUUAUUUAUUGGCACUAUUGUUUCUUCUAUUUCAAAGCUACUCUACAGUGUAUGAGAUAAUGUAUUGGAUAGAUCCAAAUUUACGCAAUUUCCAUAUUGACAUGGAUAAGGAGUAUGCAGUUAACUGCACUGACAUCAGCUUGUCACGGAUUUGGUCACACCUGGAUGUAUUUGCAUGGGGUCAUUUUUUGGGAUGGAUGUUUAAAGCGAUAUUGUUUAGACACACAGGCUUGCUCUGGGCUAUCUCUAUCAUGUGGGAAAUAACAGAAAUAGCAUUUGCUCAUUUGUUACCAAAUUUCUUAGAAUGCUGGUGGGAUUCUGUUAUAUUAGAUGUUCUAGUAUGUAACGGUUUGGGUAUAUGGGUUGGCCUAAAAAUUUGUAAAGCUUUGGAAAUGAGAGAAUACAAAUGGGUUGGCAUCAGGGACAUCUCAUCUACCACAGGGAAGAUUAAAAGAGCUAUACUUCAAUUUACACCAGUUCAUUGGACACCUGUAAGAUGGCUUGACCCUACAUGUACUUAUAUGAGAUUUUUUGCACUCGGACAACUUGUGGUGUUUUGGCAAAUAUCAGAAUUGAACACAUUCUUCCUGAAACAUAUAUUUGAAAUGCCACCUUCUCAUCCAUUAGUUAUUGCAAGAUUGUGUUUGAUUGGUGUAAUUGUAGCUCCUUCAGUAAGACAGUAUUAUACCUACGUCACAGAUCCAAGGUGCAAGAGAGUAGGUACACAGUGUUGGGUGUAUGGAGUUAUCAUGGUGACAGAAUCUAUGUUGUGUAUAAAGAAUGGCAAGGAACUGUUUGGCCAAGCACAAGUGUGUAAUGUCAUAGUGUGGCUUGUGAUACAAAUUCUAGUCUCGAUAGGCUGUGUUUAUGGAGUGGUGCUGUAUCAUCGCUAUUUUGAGCCCAACAAGGAUAUUGCUACUGACAGCCCCAAAAAAGAGAAUUAGACAUUUUGUGCUAGAUAUUGAUGAUGAACUUUGUCAGAAGCUAUACCUUUCUCAUCCCGUGUGUUAGAAUAGAAUAUAAAUUAUAUUAUGAUAUUCUAAAUGUUAUGUACCAUAGUCCUUAAAAUAUAGCUUGAUAUGAAUAGUUGUCAAGUAGUACCAAUUUAACUUGGUAGUAACAUCUAUACAUAUAUUGAAACACUGAGUAUCAUAUUUGUAUUUGGCAGUUACCAUUUUUUCUUCUUCUUUAAUUCAUAUUUAUAUUAAACAAAAAUUUUAAAAAUCAUACCUAUACUCACAAAAUAAUUGUCUCUGCAUCUUGGAAAACCGUUUAUUUAUUUAUAAAAUUUAAUAAUUGUCCUGACACAACACUAGUCUCGAUAAUUUGACAAUUGUCGUACAAGCUAUACUAUAAAGACUAACAAUACAGUGUAUGACGGAAGUCCAUAAUAAUCAAGGAUAAUAUGCUCGAAUGUCUGUCAGAAAAUCUUUAGUAAUAAUAACAAUAUUAUACAUACCUUAACUAUUAAAUAUAACUCGUAAGUGUAUAAAAACACAUGUGUCUAUUAGUUACUCGUAUCAAUAAAUAAUAAGUCCUGUCUGUAUAUUAUUUACUCGAAUUCCAUUUUAUUUUUGGAAAUAAAUUAUUAUGAUUUCAAUUACAUAUUGUCAUACAAAACAGCAAGGGCUGUGACUUGUGUAUAUUUUGCCUAUUAUGCUCGUAAGAAAUUCAUUGGACUUCCUUGAUACCCUGUAGAUGCAAUAUGGGACCAUAGCUAAGUUUUCAAUUUAUAAAUUACGUACGAGUCUAUCACUAUAAUUAAAUUGUAACUAAUGCCCAGUGGCGUGGAAUUCAUAAGUGCACUGUCUAUUUCAAAGAACCAUUGCAAACCUGGGGCCUUAGCCAUGUCGACACGUCGAUUCUCAUCCUAUGAACGCUAACACUUCCAAAACUAAAAAAUGUAUGGGAAUGACAUUUGCUGUCGACAGGUCACGUGAUCAAGUUGUCGAUCGGAUCUGUCAUUCCCAUAUUGUUAAUUUUCGAAGCGUUAGCGUUUGUAGAAAGAGAAUCGCCAUGUGCCAAAUGGCUGCAGGAGCUGUAUUGGAGGAGGAAGUUUCUACCCUAAAUAGUGCCCACCUUGUGCACGCCACUGGUUAACAUUAAAGCUAGAGGUCGUCAAAAACAAAGUGUCACUUUCACCUCCAUUAAAGUUUUACGUUUGCAACAAGCAACUUAAUCUACUUAAGUCCUUCUUCAAAGCCCAACUUAGCCUACAAAAUUCAUCGUUCAAGUUGAUUCAGCGGUUUCAGUGUGGUUAUUAUUACCGUAAAUAGUAUUACUCUGGUAUUACCGUAUUUAGUUUGUUUAGUAUCGUGUAAAUAACUAUAACCAGCCAAGUGCGAAUCGGACUCGAGCACAAAGGGUACCGUACCUAUAAAAUAAAUAUGCCAAAAGUAUCAUUGGUUGUAUGGCAGCCCUUUAAAUAUUUAUUUAGCGGCUACAGAAAUACAUCAUCUGUGACAAUUUCCAACUAUCACGGUUCAGGAGAUACAGCCUGGGUACAGAUGGACGGACGAACAGCGGAGUCUUAGUAAAAGUCUUUUACCCCUCGGGUACAGAACCCUAAUAAGCACUUUUUAUUUAUUCUUUACAAGUUAGCCCUUGACUACAAUCACACCUGAAGGUAAUUGAUGAUGCAAUCUAAGAUGGAAGCGGGCUAAUUUGUUAGGAGUAGAAUGAAAAUCCACAGCCCUUUCUGUUUCUACACGACAUCGUACCGGAACGCUAAAUCGCUUGGCGGUACGUCAUUGCCGAUAGGGUGGUAACUAACCACAGCCGAUGCCUCCCAACCGGGGGUCUUGUAAGUCCACUGCGCCACGGAGGCCAUCAAAAAACACAGUUAUUUUAAAAUCACAGAUUGACACUUCAAUUUUAUUAUUAUGUUAUUGAUUAGACAGAUAUUUGUAAUGAAAUUUAGUUAACUUGGUCCCAUAAUGCACUUGAAUCAAACCAAAAAUUAUUUAUUUUAGCUAAUAUCUAGUUACCUUACUAUUGUCUGCGGGUAUAGGAUUUUAAGACAUAGGCGUAACUAGUAUGGUGGGCGUCUACGAGUAAAUAGUUAAGCUAUUUUACGCUGCUUGGAAUGCCAUAGAAUGAUUUUAUUUAUGUUUCGAAUAAUUUUGGAAAAGACAAGCGAGUAGCAUUCAAUAUUUUCUCGGACAGUGAAAUUAGGUACACGUGACAAAAAGAAAACUUACAAAUUGUAAUUUAUGUUUGUUUAAUUUCAGUGGAGACUGUUAUGGAUUAACUACUGUAAACUCAAUUAUGCUUAUGUUUCAAUGUUAUAUAUUUUAUUACACUAUUUAUUUAUUUUAUUUAUAAAAUUAUUAUAUGUAAUAAUUAAUUAGUUGUUAUUAUUUAAUAUUAAUAUCAUUUUUCUGACACCCAGAAUAUAUUGAACGGCCUUCGUUUAGAUGUAAGAUAAAUGCAUAUUGCAGGUGAAUGUUGAAAUGUGUGUGUGUAAAUCAAAACCAACUUAUUACUGUAGAUCACUAGGCUAGUGACGCCUGUGGUAUUGAUGAUUUUUGCUCAGAAUAUUAUCGUGUUGUCAAGUAGGUAGUUCCAAAAAUAGAAAAAUUGAAUCUUCCAAAUAAAUAAAUGUUAAUAAGCUGUU